ACAGCUGCUCAGGAAGCAAUCCUGCAUGCAUCUGGAAAUGGUACUUCUUCACCAUCCAAGGACUACUGCAUGUUGUAUAACCCUGAUUGGACAACUCUUCCAAGUACCCUAGAAAAUGCUACUUCCAUUAGUUUGAUGAAUCUGACUGUCACACCUCUGUGCAACCCUUUUGAUAUUCUUCCUGCUGGCAUCAAGAACAAAGCAGUUGUGGUACAGUGGGGAACCUGCCACGUUCUUGAAAAAGCUAGAAUUGCCCAGAAAGGAGGUGCUGAAGCAUUGUUGAUUGCCAACAACAGUGUCCUGUUUCCUCCCUCAGGGAACAGGUCUGAAUUUAAAGAUGUGAAAAUACCGAUUGCAUUUAUAAGCCUCAAAGACUUUAAAGAUAUGAAACAGACUUUCGGAAGCAACAUUACUGUGCAGAUGUAUUCUCCAUCGUGGCCUAACUUCGACUAUACUAUGGUGGUUAUCUUUGUAAUCGCUGUAUCCACUGUGGCAUUGGGAGGAUACUGGAGUGGACUGAUCGAGUUGGAAAACUUGAAAGCAGUGACGAACACUGAAGACAGAGAAAUGAGGAGAAAGAAGGAAGAAUAUUUAACUUUUAAUCCUCUUACAGUGAUAAUGUUUGUGGUCAUCUGCUGUGUUAUGAUGGUCUUACUCUAUUUCUUCUACAAAUGGCUGGUGUAUGUUAUGAUAGCAAUCUUCUGCAUAGCAUCGUCCAUGAGUUUGUACAACUGUCUUGCAGCACUAAUUCGUAAAAUACCAUGUGGACAAUGCAAGAUCGUGUGUUGUGACAAAAGCAUCGAAGUGAGACUCGUUUUUCUCUCCAGUCUAUGCAUAGCAAUAGCUAUUGUUUGGGCCGUGUUUCGCAAUGAAGACAGGUGGGCUUGGAUUUUACAGGAUAUCUUGGGGAUUGCUUUUUGUCUGAAUUUAAUUAAAACACUGAAGUUACCUAACUUCAAGUCAUGUGUGAUCCUUCUAGGCCUUCUCCUCCUCUAUGAUGUGUUUUUUGUUUUCAUAACACCAUUCAUCACAAAGAAUGGUGAGAGUAUCAUGGUUGAACUUGCAGCUGGACCAUUUGGAAAUAAUGAAAAGUUACCAGUUGUCAUCAGAGUACCGAAGCUGAUCUAUUUCUCAGUAAUGAGUGUGUGCCUCAUGCCCGUUUCAAUAUUAGGGUUUGGAGACAUUAUCGUACCAGGGCUGUUGAUUGCAUACUGUAGAAGAUUUGAUGUUCUGACUGGUUCUUCUUCUAUAUACUUUGUUUCCUCCACAAUUGCCUAUGCUGUCGGAAUGACACUUACAUUUGUUGUUCUGGUGCUGAUGAAAAAAGGACAACCUGCCCUUCUCUAUUUAGUACCUUGCACACUUAUUACUGCCUCAGUUGUUGCUUGGAGACGAAAGGAAAUGAAAAAGUUCUGGAGAGGUAGCAGCUAUCAGAUGAUGGACCAUCUGGACUGUGCAACAAACGAAGAGAACCCUGCGACUGCUGGUGAACAGACUGUCCAACAGUAAUAUUAUGUGGACCUGUGAUGUCACUGAUUUUCUGCUAGUAGAGUUUGACUUUUUAAAUCAACUUUUGAAUUGACAAUCUGAAAUGAUUUCAAGAAUAUGCUUGCACAUAUAUAUUUUUAUGAGUGGGUACUGACAAUUACAUCAUAAAUAAUUAAAAUGAAUUUGCUUUUAA